AUGGAGGAAUGGAAUCAAACCACUACUGGUUUCUUUUUAAUGGGGCUGUUUCCACCAACAAAGACUAGCCUGCUUCUCUUCUCCUUGGUUAUCCUCAUCUUCCUAAUUGCCUUUUUGGGUAACUCAACCAUGACUUUCCUCAUCUGGAUGGAUCGCCAUCUCCACACCCCCAUGUAUUUCCUACUCAGUCAGCUCUCCCUCAUGGACCUCAUGUACAUUUGCAGUACGGUUCCCAAGAUGGCCAUCAACUUCCUGUCUGGCAACAAUUCUAUCUCUUUAGUAGGUUGUGCUUUCCAAAGUGUCAGCUUCCUAACCAUGGCAGGUGCUGAAGGAUUACUUCUGGCAUCCAUGGCCUAUGACCGUUAUGUAGCCAUUUGCCGUCCCCUCCAUUAUGCUAUUGUCAUGAACAAGAGAAUGUGUUUGCUGAUGAUUGCUGGGUCCUGGGUCUCUUCACUCAUCAAUUCCAUUUUCCAUACUGUAUAUGCACUCUGUAUACCCUAUUGCAAGUCCAGAGUGAUUAACCAUUUUUUCUGUGAUAUCCCUGCCAUGGUGCCUCUGGCCUGUAUAGAUACCUGGGCCUAUGAGUACACUGUUCUCUUCAGCACCAGCUUGUUUCUUUUGGUCCCUUUCAUUGGUAUCAUGGCUUCCUAUGGCCGGGUUCUCUAUGCUGUUUACCACAUGCGCUCAACACAGGGGAGGAAGAAAGCUUUCACGACUUGUUCUACCCACCUGACUGUGGUCACCUUCUACUACGGCCCAUUUAUGUACACAUAUCUAAGGCCCCCAUCUCUGCGCUCCCCAGAAGAGGACAAGAACAUGGCUGUCUUCUAUACUAUCCUCACCCCUAUGCUUAACCCCAUCAUCUAUAGCUUGAGAAAUAAGGAGGUGUUGGGAGCUCUCCAGAGGGUCUUUGGAAAAUCCUUAUCUCAAAAAGCAUAGCUGGGGACAUAAAGUCACAGAAACAGAACCAUAAACAAUCUUACCAGUUACAUAGCUUAACUACUUUAUAUGACAGAUUUGGGCACUGACUAUAUUCAUCCACCAAUUCUGAUUAACCAUUAUUUUAUUUUUAUAUUUUUUCUUUCUAUCUUUUUUUUUCUUUUUUCAAUGCUUUUUAUUUUCAAAACAUAUGCAUAGAUAGCUUUCAACAUCCACCUCACGAAACCUGCUUAACAUUAUUUUAAAUAUUAUUUUUCUCCAUUAAUAUAUAAUUUUUCUCUCUCUGCUAUGUUCUCCCAGAAACAAAUAAGCAAGUAUUCAAACCCUUGUAGCAACUUGGAAAAAUUAAAUAAAAAUAAAUCAGAA